AUGAGGACAUUUACAGGUUUUGGGCAAGUAAGCAAACGUUAUAUGUCAAGAAAUUCACAAUGCCGAUCCGCUGUCAAUGCAAUCUCAACUGCUCUCACUGCAGAACCAGAAACACAUUGUAAUACAACUGUAGAAGAUUGGUCACCCACUGAAAAAUGUCCAUUUUGUCAUGGUUUACGCAUAUCAACGGAUGAUUGCUCUGAAAAGGAUUCUAUGAGAAUAGAACCAGAAAAUGAAAGCGCAGCAAGCGAUGGUGAAUACUACGGUGCUGGUUGCUCUAGUCAAAUUAAGAUAGAGCAAAGCGCAACAAAUAGCUCUCCGGAAAACACAGGACAUCUGGAAUCAUCCGGUGGUUCACAAUCUCGUCUAUCUUACAUGCAUCCAUUUUCAAACCUCUGUACUCCAUCAGUCCUUCCUGUGAUGACGCCAUUUGUGCCUCUUCCUGAGAUAGCGAAUCAGCUAUUUUGUCAAAGCCUUUUACAAUGGAGUACAUCCAACUUGUUGCUACAACAAAUUAGCUCACAUCGUUCAUCAGAAAAUCUACAUAACUCAAUAAAUGAACAAUAUUUGUUGGCUCCAAAAAGAAAUACAUUAAUGCAAGGUAAAGAAAACGGUGAUACAGAAA